CUAUAUCUUCAAAACAAUAUAGAGGCAGCUGAAGAAAAAGAAGAAUAAGAAGAAGAAGAAGCAGAGAAGAAAACAGACUUUCGUUGACAUAUGGCUAUGACUAAGCCUCAUUUCCAAGCAGAGAGAGAAGCAAUAAUCUUGCAGAAGGAAGGUCGCCGUGGCUACACCAUCAAACCCCGAGGGCUUACCAUUGUAUGGGGCAAUGAUGAGCGCUAUUGGAAAUUACCAAAGAUAGGCUCGAAUGAGCCCGUGGAGCUGCUUCAGGUUUCUUGGCUGGAAGUGACGGCCACAGUUGACUUAGAACCUGGGAAGGAUUAUGCAAUUAGCUUUGAAGUAGAACUGGCACCAGAUGCAUUUGGUUGGAGAGACAUACAAGCUUUCUUGAUGGCCAAGGUAGGGAAAAAAGGAAAGUACAAAUGGACAAAAGUUAAACUAGCGCAGGAUUCAAAUGCAGGCAGAUUCACAAUUCCUGAUUCAAACGGCCUGCCAUUUACAAUUAAAAGUGCUGGCACGACCGAUUCCGACAACGUGCUUCAUUUUGGUCUGUAUGAAGUCUGGAGUGGAAAAUGGAAGGGAGGCUUGAAAAUUUAUGAAGCAAAUGUCGAAGAUGUGACUGGAAAAUGAGCUCAGUUCACUCAGUCUUUUCUAUUACAUGUAUGCAUAUGUAUUGAAAUACAUAUUUUCUACUUUGAGUUUUAUGUAUGUGAUGACUAAUAUUAAUAAUGAGAACGGAACUCAUGUAGGGUCAUUUGAGAAGGAUCGUUUACUGGCAUGAAAUAUUUAAUAUCUCUGAGCAUGAAUUUGUAAAUGAAUAAAGGCUUUCUUAUGUA